UGAAGAAUAUCAAUGGUCGUUAGUUAUAACUGGAAAUAAAAUACAUUUAAUUUAAUAUAAACGUAUUUUUAAAUAUCCUUCAAGGAAUCAAUUCUAUGCAAAUAUAUUGUUUUUUGCGACAAGUAUAGAAUCUUUUUUUUUGUAAAAUGGGGAUACACACUCACAAAAAAUAUAUAUAUUACUUAAAAUCAUCAGGAAUUUGUAUUGUUGUAAUGGGAAGUUGCUGGUUCAUGUACCAAUUACGACAAACGUCACAAGUGUUACGUUCCAGCGUGCCUACUAAUGUUUUGAAUCUAGAACAAUCCCGUGCGCAAUACAUUUAUAUUGACAAUCCCAGAUUUAAAGAUAUAUUUAUGUUCCGAAAGAGCAGAAAUUUACAAUCAUCCAUUGCAGAGGAAUCACCUUCUUUCAGUCAUAUUAUAAUGAAAUGGUGGAAGUCGUUAAACCGUAACGUGGCAUAUAAAUUAUUGUAUAUGUCGCAGCAUGGUAACAAAUCCGACCGCUUGAAAGCUAUCUAUACGUUAAACUCCUUAAAAUAUCUAAAAGAUUGGCAUUACCAACAUAUUGCUCAAAUGUUAGAUGCCAAAACAGCUGUGACCUUAGCAAGAAUGCCAAAUGUGGAUUUAAGGUUUUUCCUAAAGCCACCGUAUCACUUUGUACAACAUAAAUUAUACGAUGUGAUAGAAAAAGUACAUUAUUUGCUACUCUAUUUGAACACAUUAUGUCAAAAUACGCAUCCAUGUCUCAUUCAAUUUCUUAAUAAGAAAUUCAAAGAUUCGCAUCGUGAUGGUUUGAUAUUCGAUUACGAUUUAACAAGCAUAGGAUUGGCUGUCGCUCCGGUUGUAAUAUGGGAUCAAGAAUUAUUACAGAAUUGUCUUCAAGCACUGUGUCAUCAUUCUUGUCUCGAGCAAUAUAGUAAAGACAUUGUAGAUGCUGGCGGUCUUUCAAUACUUAUGAUAAUAAAGCAAAUUUUUAACGACAACAUUAACGUGUAUAUAUUACUCGCAAAAAUAAUUUCCAACAUCUCGCUUCAUUCUGAAUAUUUACAAGAGAUUUUUCAAGCAGGAUGGAUUGGCACAUUGGUAGAAUGGUCUCAUAGUUCUGAUAUACGAUUAUCAGCACCCGCGAGUCGUGCAUUAGCAAAUUUAGAUACAGACGAAAAUGAACAUGUGAAAUAUCCAAGACGUAUUUACCUCCUUCACCCUCUACACAAGACCAAAACAAACACAAAGUUGGACGUUGUUUUUCUACAUGGACUUCUUGGUGGUAUAUUUGUAACAUGGAGACAAAGAGAUACAGAUACAGUUGGAUCUGUGGUUGUAGAUCCCUAUAUGAUGGAAAAUGGAAUUGAUACUCUUUCGAGCGUGAUAGGUGAACAAUCACAGGAAUUUCUGAAAGAUUUAGCUUAUGAUUUGAGAAAGUACGAAUGGGAUAGACUAGGACAAGAUUUUGAAAUAGUUCUAGACGAUUGUCCUCAAAAUAUUAAUGACAGAGCAUGUGGACCGUAUUUUUGUAAAGGGGAUGACGAUUGCAUGAAGAAUAGCGACCGUUACAGAAAUUAUAGAACACAGUGUUGGCCUAAAGAUUGGCUACCCGAAGAUGUACCAUCUGUUCGAAUUAUUGGAGUAAAUUAUGAUACAAAUUUGUCGAUGUGGACUCCUUCGUGUCCCAUAGAAAGCAGAAUAACUACUAUGAGUGAAAGAAGUACAGAAUAUACUGAAAAGUUAAUAACUGCGGGUAUUGGAACACGACCAACAAUAUGGGUAUGUCACUCGAUGGGUGGUUUAUUAGUAAAAAAGAUGCUUAUCGAUGAAUGGAAAAAUGGCGAUAAAAAUAAUAUAUGUAAAAAUACUCGCGGCAUACUAUUUUAUAGUACACCUCAUCGAGGUUCUCGUGUAGCAGUUUUGACACAAAUCUCACAAAUGCUGAUGUGGCCAUCAAUCGAAGUACAAGAACUUCGUGAAGAGUCACCGCACUUAUUGAAGUUACAUGAAGAAUUUCUGAAUAUGUUGAAGGAGUAUCCCAUGGAAAUCGUUAGUUUUUGUGAAACAAAACCUACGCUAUUGACUGCAUUCAAAGUUCCAUUCCAAUUCGUUACUUCUAAUUCAGCCGAUCCUGGAGUGGGUGAAUACUAUGAAAUUGCGCAAGAUCACUUAUCAAUAUGUAAACCAUCAAGCAGACACUCCUUCUUAUAUCAAAAACUUUUGAGUGUAUUGAAACGUCACGUAACUCCAUACGAGAAAACGAAAGUCUCUCCAAUUAUGGAAUUACUAUUGUUGCCAAGUAAAUUUUUUUAAUCAUGUAUAUGUUUGUAUGUUCUGUGCAUACACGAUUGUGAAUAUAUACACGAUAUCUAUAUAAUUUUUUAUUACCAAAUGCUCUAUUUUUAUACAUACAAUUAAGUAUCGUGAAAUCGAAGUAAAGCUGUAAGUAAAGGAAACAAAUGGGUACAAUAAAUUCUUUCUUUCUUUAAUUAUUAAUAAUCAUAAUUCCAAUUCAGAAUGAACAUGUCUAUAUUACAAAAAUAUUACGUAUUUUUAAAUACUUACU